AUGUCAACAGACCACUUCGUCACCGACGAAGUCAGCGCGAAAUCAGCGGCUCUGCCUGACGCGCAGAAUGCAUCGAACCUCUCACUCCGCGCAGUGAGACCAGUAGACAUUCAGGUCCGCAACGUAUCACUGCAGAUCAACACCACCCCGCCAAUAUGGAAGCAAGCCCCGUCGCACAUGUGGCGCCACAUCCGUGGCCAGAACCAACAGACCAGCAAGACUGUCCUGAGCAACAUCUCCGCCUCCAUGGAUUGCGGAACCCUAACUGCCAUCAUUGGAAGUAGCGGUUCAGGCAAAACAUCUCUCCUGAAUUUAAUGGCCGCCCGGAUGAAUCUGUCCCGCGCCCGCACAACAGGCACGACAACAUUCAAUGGCGAGGACAUCGCGCAUGUGCGCAGCGCCUACGUCAUGCAGGAGGAUGUCCUCAUCCCGACGCUAACAGUCCGAGAGACGCUGCGCUACUCGGCUGAUCUACGUCUUCCCCCUCCGACGACUGUGGCCGAGCGCCAUGCGAUCGUGGAGCAGGUAAUUCUGGAACUGGGACUGAAAGAGUGCGCGGAUACGCGAAUAGGCAAUGAUGCGCACAAGGGCUGCAGUGGCGGCGAGAAAAGGCGCACGAGUAUCGGUGUGCAGCUUUUGGCUAAUCCGUCUGUGUUGUUUUGCGAUGAGCCUACGACAGGGUUGGAUGCGACUAGUGCGUUUCAGAUUAUUCGGACUUUGAAGGGGUUGACGAUGCAGGGGCGUACUGUUGUGGUCUCGAUUCAUGCGCCGCGCUCUGAGAUCUGGAGACUUUUUGAUAAUGCGGUGCUGCUUGCUAGGGGGGCUGCGCUUUAUAGUGGUUCGCUGGCUGGGUCGUUGAGCCACUUUCAGGAAUGUGGGUUUGUUCUUCCGGCUUUUGUUAACCCGGCGGAGUUUCUGAUUGAUCUUGCUGCUAUUGAUAAUCGGACGGAAGAGCUGGAGGCUGCUUCGCGGGCUAGAGUGCUGCGAUUGACGGAGAUUUGGAGAUUGAAACAGGACAAUGUUACUCGGUUGAGUAAGGAGAAAGGAGAGGCUAUUCCGACCCACCAGGAGGAUGAUCUGGAUGGCCUUGAGCACGGUAGUGUGAACACGGUUUCAUUCGGUCGACAGUUUCACGUUCUCACAUCUCGCACUUUCUCCACUACCAUCCGCGAUCCGAUGGGCGUUGCUGGCAGCCUCGUUGAGUCGAUUGGAAUGGCCGUUCUCAAUGGAUGGAUCUUUUUACAGCUCCGCGAAGACCAGGCAGGGAUCCGCUCGCGACAGGGUAGUCUGUACACAGCUUGCAGCUUGAACGGAUAUCUGGUUCUGCUGUAUGAGGUGUAUCGUCUAACAAUUGACAUUCGUCUCUUCGAUCGAGAACACAACGAAGGCGUGGUCAGUGUGCCAGCUUUCCUCCUCAGCCGACGAGCAGCUCGACUGCUUCUGGAGGACCUACCCAUGCCACUUAUCUUCUCUCUCAUCUUCUACUUCAUGGUCGGGUACCGCGAGGACGCAAGUCAAUUCUUCAUUUUCUUCGUCCUCGCAGUACUCACGCACUACACCGCCGUGACAUUCGCGAUGGCUGCGAUCAGCAUGGCACGAAGCUUUUCCGGCGCAAGUCUCGUAGCCAACCUAUGCUUCACUGUGCAAUCUUUCGCAUGCGGAUACUUUGUCCAGUCGAAUCAGAUUCCUGUCUACGUGAGAUGGCUGAAGUGGUGUGCAUACGCGUACUACACAUUUGGUGCGCUAUGCGCGAACGAAUUCAUGGGAUUACAUGGCCCAGAAGGCGGUCAUUUCUAUGACUGUCCGUAUUCCAAAGACCCGCAUGAUCCGAUGUGCAGGCAAUUCCAGGGACAAUAUAUUAUGGAGAAUCUCGGAUUUCCAUCAAACUGGAUCUGGCGACCCAUCGUGGUCCUGGUUGCUUUCGUGAUUGUCCAUUACUUAUUUGCUGGGCUGUUAUUGCAGUAUAACCGCUUCGCGAUUGAUAUUGCACAAGCACGACAGAGCGAGGGUGAUGCCUCGAAUGCGAAAUCAAAGAUUGCUAUUCGUUCAUCAGAAGAGGUUCGCAAGGUGGAUAUAUCACUUGAGCAGUAUGCGCUGGAGAUUCGGAAGAAACGUUUUCCAUGGCAGGCUGCGCAGAGCUUGCAGGUUCUCAGACCUAUCACUACGCAAUUCCAAUCUGGGAAAUUGAACGUCAUCAUGGGGCCAUCGGGAAGUGGCAAGACAACACUGCUAAACUCCGUUGCAUGUCGACUGCAGGGGUCGAUGGGUACGCAAUAUCGAGUGUACGGGAACAUGCUGUACAAUGGUGCUGUGCCAUCCAAAAGCGUGAUUCGGUCGGUCACGUCUUUUGUAACGCAAGAUGACGACGCCCUCAUGCCUUCUCUGACGGUAAGGGAGAGUCUGCGUUAUGCAGCAGGUCUCCGUCUACCGGGGUGGAUGUCGCGGGAAGAGAAGAACCGACGAGCCGAAGAAAUCCUGUACAAGAUGGGACUCAAAGAGUGCGCCGACAACUUCAUCGGCAGCACCUUGAUCAAAGGCAUAAGCGGCGGGGAGAAACGACGUGUUUCAAUCGCCAUUCAAAUCCUGACAGACCCAAAGGUUCUCCUGCUGGACGAACCAACCUCUGGCCUGGACGCCUUCACAGCAUUAUCCAUCAUUGAGCUUCUGAAGAACCUCGCAGCCGAAGGCCGCACGCUGAUUCUAACACUCCACCAAUCUCGCUCGGACCUGUUCCCACACUUCUCGAGAGUCCUUUUACUAGCACGCGGGGGAUACCCCGUGUACGCCGGGGCAGGGAGUAACAUGGUUGAGCAUUUCGCAGGAUUGGGCCAUGACUGUCCUCGCACGACUAAUCCCGCAGAUUACGUACUUGAUCUCAUCACAGUUGAUCUCCAACAAGAGGACCGUGAAGCGAUUACACGCGAGCGUGUUCAAAAGCUCAUCAGCCAGUGGCAGGAUGGACCCCUUGAGCCGAAACUGGACCACGAGUCGCGUAUCGCCACGCCCGCGGAGCUAGGGAGUCUCAAGCGCCAGAUGCUACCAUUCCGCGAGACAUUCCCACUGGUUUUGCGUCGGUCGAUGAUAAAUCUAUGGCGCCAACCACCACUCGUCAUGUCGCGGUUAAUGCAAGUUCCAGGCAUUGCGAUUAUCAUGACGCUGUUCUUUGCGCCGCUUCAGAAUGACUAUGUAGCUGUGCAGUCGCGGAUGGGAUUCAUUCAGGAAUUCGCUGCCCUGUACUUCGUCGGAAUGCUUCAGAAUAUCGCCAUUUACCCCGGUGAGCGGGAUGUCUUCUACCGCGAAGAAGAAGACAGCUGCUACACUAGCUCGACCUUUUUACUAAGUUACACAGUGAUCGAGUUGCCCUCUGAGGUCAUCGUCUCGCUAAUCUUUGGUGCUCUGGCGGCAUUUGCCUCUAAUCUGAAGCGCACGACAACCAUGUUCCUAAUCAGUUCCUUCAAUUGCUUCUGCAUCAUCAACUGCGGCGAAUCCGUGGGGAUAAUGUUCUGCACGCUAUUCUCCCACGUCGGCUUCGCAGUUAACAUCACCUCCGUGCUGAUGUCGAUCUCGGCCAUUCUCGGCGGCGUCAUGAGUCUGGACGUCCAUCCUGUUUUACAGGCUCUGAACCACGUCUCGCCAAUUAAGUAUUCCAUUGCGAAUCUGGCCCCGUUUUCAAUGCACGCCCAGAAAUUUCACUGUACUUCUGAGCAGCUCGUUGAUGGGGUUUGUGUGUACACUUCAGGCGAGAGCGUGCUGGAUUUGUUCCACUUGAACAAAGACGGGCCUAUGAAUGUGAUGGCUCUGGGGGUAUGUACGAUCGUCUACCGACUUUUCGCUUAUGCUUUACUCAAAGCAAUGAGGUCUCAUCGACUCAUGGAACGGUGGAGGGAAUGGCGGGCUCAGAAGAGUGGUUGA